GAACAGGAAGUACGUCUCCCUUCUAUGAAACCUAGUUUUUUCUUUCUUUACACGGUAGCUAGCUUGUCGUGUGCAGCUGUGUGAUACAUCUGACACAGUAGUGUUUUUCUUUUCAUUCCUGUAGCUGUAGUUAUUAUCUAAAGAUGAAUACGGUUUUGUCCAGAGCUAACUCUUUGUUUGCUUUCUCUCUGAGCGUCAUGGCUGCCUUAACUUUCGGAUGUUUCAUCACGACGGCUUUCAAAGACAGAAGAGUUCCUGUGGACAUCCACGUCUCUAAAGUCAUGCUGAAGAACGUUGAUGACUUCACAGGACCCAGAGAGCGCAGUGAUCUGGGUUUCAUCACCUUUGACGUCUCAGCUGAUUUGCAGCCAAUUUUUGACUGGAAUGUUAAACAGCUGUUCCUAUAUCUGUCUGCUGAGUACUCCACAAAGAGCAAUUCUCUGAACCAGGUGGUUCUGUGGGAUAAAAUUGUCCUUCGAGGUGAAAAUACCAAACUGAAUCUCAGAGACAUGAAGUCCAAAUACUUCUUCUUUGACGAUGGGAAUGGACUCAGAGCCAAUAAGAACAUCACUCUGACGCUGUCAUGGAAUGUUGUUCCCAAUGCUGGAAUCCUGCCUCUAGUGGCUGGAAGUGGACACUUCAGCCUCCAUUUCCCAGACACUUAUGAGACCACCAAGAGCUACUAGACUGAAAUAAACACACAUCUGGGCAUCCAGAUGCAUACUGUGUGUGUGUGCGCGCGCACACACACGCAUACACACACAU